AUGGUAUCCCGCGAUUCGGAGGGGGCAGCCUCGUUUGGAGCGGCAUACUUUGCACCUGCAUUUAUGAAACGUUGGCGGCAAUCCCAAAUCUCUACUGGAGAAGAGAGCUUGGCCAGCACCGCACCCAGCGAGCGUGGCUUCCAGAAGAUCUCCGGCCGCAAGCUUCCCUCUGGUAUUCACCCAGACUUCGAUUACAGCGCCGGAGGCCUAGAAGCAGGGUCGCCUACAGAGUCAGACAUCAGCCCUACUCUCCCUCCAGUAAUGCCCCGAUCACCGACAUCAUCACGGCCGCCGCCUUCAAACCCAUUCAGUGCACCCCUCGAUACAAGCUUCACCCGCGAGGUCGCAGAAGACGACGUAGUGUUUGUCCGACCGUCGCCAGCACGGACCCCGACAGCCGGGUCGUCGAAUGCAACAACGUGGGCCGAGGCCAGCGCACGAACAAUGCCAAUGGCUUUUCCGAUGCCGCCCUCAGGCACGUCGGCCACUAUUCCCAAACGGCCAGAUGCACUGGGACGAAGUCAUCCAAGUUACGAUGGGAGUCGCGGGAGUCGGUUUUCGGAGAACUUAUGA